AUCAUUUUCAAGAAUUAUAGCUGAAUCCUCUGAUACAAAAAAAAAUGAAUUUUUUUUUGAGGAAUCCGUUUUAGGUGCUACAUCCUCAAGAGGGGCUUCUCUUGACAGUGAAGAGAAUACAAACAUAAAUAUGAUUAAAUAUAAAAAUAAACAAAGUUAUGAUGACAAUAUUGCAAUAAAACAAAAUGUGAAUAAAGGUGGUUCUAUUAAUAAUGUAAUAAAAUACAAUAAAGAAGAAAAAGAAAAAAAAAAAAAUUCCUUCUUAGAAUUUCCAAAAGAAUUUAAUAUACUAGAUGUUGUAUGGCCAUAUAUGAAACAACCUAGAGAAGUUUUUAAAAAAUCAUCUAUAAUUUCAUUUAUGAUGGAUCAUUAUUUUAGACAUGAGUUAUAUAUUUUAGAAAGUAGAAAUUUGAUGAAACCAAGAAGGAGAACAUAUGAAGCUCCAUGUUUUGAAUAUGAUGAUUUUGAAUUAGAAACAGAUUCUUUUUUUUUAGAAAAUUAUAAUGAAGAUCAUCAUUUUUUUAAUAAAUACAGAAGUUAUUUUUUUUCUUUAAAUGUAUUAGAUCAUUGUAAAAGAUUAAAGAGUAACAGGAACAAAUAUAAUAAUAUAAAUGAUGAUCGAAUGAAAGAUAUUAAGGAUGAUCGAAUGAAGGAUAUUAAGGUUGAUCAUAUGAAAGAUAUUAAGAAUGAUCAUAUGAAAGAUAUUAAGAAUGAUCAUAUGAAAGAUAUUAAUAAUUAUCAUAAUGAUGGUGCAAAUAAUCAUGAUAGUCAAAAAAAGAAUAACCCAGGUGGUAUACAAAAUAAUUGUAAUACAUGUGAAGAAAAAAAAAUAGAACUAUUAAAGAGAAACAAUAUUAUGAGCAAAGACGAUUUAAUUGCUUAUAAUAAAAAUAGGAUAGAAGAAUAUUAUGAUCGUAUUAUAUCUUAUUUUUUUGGAUUAAUAAUAUUAUAUCAUAAUAAAAAAGAAACGAAUUUAAAUUAUUACACAAAAUUUUUAAGCUUAGAUAAAUAUAAAAAUAUGUAUAUGUGUAUAAAUAAUGAUAUAUCUAAAAUAUAUGAGAAAGCAACAUUAUAUUCAUAUGAAGAAUUUAGCAUUAUACAACAAAAAGAUUUACAACCUGAUGAAUUAAAAGGUAAUAUAAAAUAUUAUUAUUUUUUUAAUCGUGUUGUUUAUACCUCUCUUUAUCUGGUACAUGAAAUACUACAACAAUUAGAUGGAUUGAUGUAUACCUUUAAAAGAUUACCAAUAAAUAUUCAAAAAUAUUUAUCUAAACUGCCUGAAAUAAGAAUUAAAGAAAUUAAAAAAAAUAAGAGACUACAAAAGAAUAGAAACGAAAAUUCUAUUUUUGAUACUUGUAAUUAUAAAGAUUUAUAUUAUGUAUCAAGUGAAUAUUAUGAUUAUGUUAGUAGGUGUUUAAUUUGGUCCAAUUAUUAUUUUUUUAAUUAUAUGUCAAAAACUAUAGUAUAUAGUGUAAAAAAAAGAAAUUAUGAAUAUAUUGAAAGAGAAAAAUCCAAAAUAAAUUUAUUCUUAGAAUAUUCACAUAAUGAUAUUAUAGAAUAUAUAAAAGAUAUUACUUUUUAUUUUAAAUUAAUUGUUAAUGAAAUAGAAACUGCACGAUUAUUCUCUGAACCUGUAAUGUUAUGUUUUCAACUUUUUUCUGAGCAUUAUCUAUAUCUAAUCAAAAAUAUAAUAUCUAUACUUCUAAUACAUAUAGAAAAACCACUUACAAGAAAAUCAAACAGUGAAUUAAAAAAAAUAUUUAACUGCUUAAAAGAUCAACAAGAUUUAACCAAAAAUAUAUUAAAUGAAUUCCAUUCUAAAAAUAAAAUCAGAUAUGAUCCAACCGAAUGGCUUAUAUAUAGAUUUUUUGCAAGUAUAGAAUAUAAACAAGAUAUAGCACAUAAAUAUAUACUACAAUGUAAUAAUAAUAUUAUAUCAUUGAUGUUAAAAAUUUUUAAUUAUUUUCAUAUUCUUGUUAUCACUUUAAUUAUUUAUCUAAAUCUUCAUUCUAUGUAUACUCUAUUUAUUGAUUUAGAUAUUGAUGAUACUUUAAAGUUUCAGCAUGAUCUAGAAUUCUUAAAUUAUUUUAAAAGAUAUCAGGAUUUUAAUAAUCACCUCUUUGACACAUUCCGAUCCGACCACACAUGA